AUGGCAGACGUCUUUUCAACAUCGGCUGUCGACGCACACGUCCUAGCACUCCGCCAACAGAUUCAGGCUACCGAGGACCAACUCGAACAACUCCGAGAACAACUAGCCCACGCCGAGGAGGCCCAACACCGCGCCCAAGAUGCGGGCAAGCUCGAGACAGACUGGCAGCAAGAGAUAUUGGGCGCCCUGAACAACCCACAACACCAAUACUAUCAGGAUCAACAACCACAACAAAGAUUUGGUCUUAGCAAUACCGAGUUCAAGCGCUAUGGCCGUCAACUCAUCCUGCCCCAGGUCGGCCUGCAAGGCCAAUUGCGAUUGAAGGCUGCUCGAGUCCUCGUCGUUGGUGCUGGAGGUCUGGGUUGUCCUGCUUCUGCAUACCUCGCUGGCGCUGGCGUCGGCACUCUGGGUCUGAUAGACGGCGAUAGUGUAGAAGAGUCAAAUCUCCAUCGUCAAAUCGCACAUUCAACCGACCGCGUCAACGUCUUCAAGGUCGAUAGUGCAAUUACCUUCCUACGCGGCCUGAAUCCGAAUGUCAACUAUAUUCCUUAUAGAGCUCAUCUGACCNCCUCUACUGCUCUGGAAAUCUUCGAUAACUAUGACUUUGUACUUGACUGUACAGAUCAUCCGACAUCACGCUACCUCAUCUCAGAUGCUUGCGUCUUGUCAGGAAAGCCUCUCAUAUCAGCUUCUGCUCUUCGUACCGAAGGCCAACUGACCGUCUUGAAUAAUCCCNCACGAGCUCCUGGUGCACCCGAUGGCGGUCCUUGCUACCGUUGCGUCUUCCCACGUCCUCCACCUGCUGAGUCUGUCGUCAGCUGCGGUGAAGGCGGUAUCUUGGGUCCUGUAGUCGGCGUCAUGGGCAUUCUUCAAGCUCUGGAAACUCUAAAACUCAUCACUUCCUCUCCGGAAGCAGCAGCACCUCCUCCGUCUCUUCUCCUCUUUUCUGCCUACAGCAUACCUCAGUUCAGGAAUGUCAAGCUACGCUCGAGACGUGUUGAUUGUGAUUCAUGCUCGACAAACCAUACAGUCACAGAGUCGAGUCUAAUUUCUGGGUCAAUGGACUAUGUCGCCUUCUGCGGCGUCACAAACCCUGUCGAUAUACUACCACCUUCAUCCCGCAUCAGUGCUGGCGAUCUCCUUUCCACUCUCUCAUCUGCAUCGCCACACGACGACGACGCUCCGAUCGUUCUGGACGUUCGCGAUCCUACACAGUUCGAGCUAUGCAGUCUACCCAACAGCAUAAACUUACCCUAUCAAGGUCUGCAAACCCGUCUGCGCGAAGACACUCAAAUCAUCGAAGACCUCACGGGAAGAGACGUCCUGGUCGUCUGCAAACUAGGCAACGACUCACAGCUUGUCGUGCAAAUGCUAGAAACUAUGAACCCAGACAUUAAAAGUCUAAAGGACGUACAAGGCGGCUUCCGCGCAUGGAGAAAUGAAGUGGACCCCGAAUGGCCUGAUUACUGA